CCUAGCCUUUACACAGUUGUCAUUUGCAAGACGGUUGAAGAUGGACGUCAAACUUCAGUUACUGGUUAUACUAGGAACUGGGUUUUCUGCUACCACAGCAAUAAACUUUCCGUCCAUGCUUCCCAAUCUAUCGGAUGAUGGUCCAGAAUGUCCGGAUAUUCCAGCAAUUUCCGAUUUCAAUCUUAACCGGUAUGCUGGAACAUGGUACGAGGUACAAAAGUUCAACACCACAAUGCUGAGUAACUCAAAAUGUGCGUCGUAUGUCCACGCUACGUCAGGUGAUAACGGCCUUACUGUGGAUUAUAGAAGGGUCGUAACACUCAUGGGGCGUACUUUUGACGUAUCAUCGCGAGGAACAUUUUCUCGACACGACCUAGAGCGACCAAACCUUUUCAGUGUCGUCAUACAAAAGUUAAAGUUCCUGAAUUAUUUCAUUGUCGAGACGGACUACGAUCGGUACUCCGUCGUGUACACGUGCUCAAAGCUUCCGGGCCUCCCACGAGUUGAAAUGGGUUGGAUUUUGUCACGGGAUAAACAGUCUCUACUCUCAGCUGAUGAAAUGUCAAGCCUGUCAACACGGAUAGCUGAUGUUGGUAUCGACACCUCUAGAUUCAUAACAUCCAGCCAGACGUCUUGUGAAGCCAACUUUAUAUUCUAAUCCCACUUUAGACAUUAUUAUAUCGAGUUUUGUGUCGUUAUUGUGUGUUUUGCAUCAUAUUUAAUAUAUGUUAAUGAAGGCAUUAAAACCACCAAAAAUGUU